GUGUGUUUCUUCCCCGAAACGAUUGUUGUGCGACUGCGCGCCACUGCAAUCCGUUUUUGUUCGCUCCCCAUCAAUCGAGUAGCCGCGUAAUGUGUAUACCUAUGUGUGGAAAAAAAAUAACACAAUAAAGAAGCGAUGUACAUGUACUAUUAGUCAUGAGUAGAAAAUUAAAUCGUUCGUUCGGUCAGCGAAAGUCGGUCUCUUGUGAUAGUCUGUGUGCCCCAUAUUAAGCUGUUUGCACGGUCUUAGAUUAUAAUUUUGGGUUUGUUGACAAAACGACGGCGUACAGUUUCGAUGACGAACGGUUAUCCGUGUAGCGAACGACGGAUAGCGGCGAUGUUUACGGUUACCGCCAUCGCCAAUAUAACCGCCGCUGUCGACCAGACCGUAUGUGGCGAGGUCCACCAGUGAACCUUAGCGCGCACUUGAACAUCUUUAUUCUGUUUGGGAUAUAUCGUUUGGUUUUCAAACGCGUAUACGGGACCCGAUAGCCUUUCGCCACUAUUUGGUUGUAAUGUGAAUGGCUGUCAUUUCCAUGGAUAAAUUACUGCGUAAUACACAUUGAUAGUAUUGUUGUGAACAUGAGAGAAUCAGUUAGAGAAAAAGAGAAUGCCGGUGUAAGUUUUUCUCAGUGGCAGACAUGGGUUUUGGAUGCGGUUAAUAAGAUUCGCGGACAGAAGCAACGGCCGUCCUUAGAACGUAUUGUCAAUGCAAUACGUCAACACCAUCGAUACCCAGUAGCUGAUAUUGAGACUCAAGUAGAGAGAUGUGUCGAAAGUGGAGCAGUCUUGAAAGUAUUCAACAAAGGUCAAAACACUUAUAUGAACCCUGGAGGAACUGCUAAUCGUAAAUUGGUCAUUAACUCGGAUACAGAUUUAACCAAGAUUGUUGUGAAAAGUGUUGGCCAUUUAGACGAGGAAGGGUCAUCUUAUAAAAAUAUUGAUCGUUACAUACAUCAUGCUUACUCUAUAGAAUUAAAAAAUCAAGAAUGUGAUUUGGGAUCAUUACUGAAAUCAACUCUAAAUAAAGCAGUUGAUAAGGGUUUACUGGUAUUAGAUGGAAAACUAUACAGGUUGCCUGUUACUCCAGAUUCUACAACUUCAACUAUUGGAACGCCUAUAUCAAAAUGUGGUUCAUUAAGAAAAGGGCGCCCAUCAAAAGUAGAUACUAGUGGCAUUGAGUCACCAUUAUCCCUUCGAAGACCUGGCAGAAGAAGGAGAAGACUUUCUGUUUGUGAUACAAGUUCAUUAACAGAUAAUGAGACCAGUGAUAGAGAAUCUGAUAAAGUUUCUGCCCAAAAUGUUUGUGCUGAUUGCUUGGGAACUUCAGCUAAAAAUCAGUGUGGAGAAGCUGAAGAACUAAAACGAUGUCGUGGAGGUUGUGGAGUCUCAUUACAUCCUUCAUGUUUGGCUCUCAAAGGUAGUGGUCCUUUGACUGCAUUACUUGCCCGUGGUUCACGUUGGUUUUGCCAAGACUGUAGAGCAUGCUCAGCCAUACCAAAGUGUUCAGUAACUGAACAAAUAUUUUUAUUAAAUUGUGAUACGUGUGAUAGAGGAUAUCAUAUGCAAUGUUUACAACCCCCAGCUGAUGAAAAACCAAAAUCAGCAUGGCGAUGUUCGUUUUGUUUAGAUCAUCAUGAAAUUACUAAUAUUACAAUCGAGAAAGAACCUUUAUCUGAAAGGCGAGGAAGGAAGAGAUCUAGUCUUAAAAUUCAGAGGUCAAGUAGAGGACAGAAUCAUUACCUGAAAAUGCAAGAUCGUCGUUUAGGAGCACCAUCUGCUUCAAGUUCAAUGCAGCAACGCGAUGUCACGGAAGACGGUAAUGUCUCCUCUCCUGACUCCUCGGCUCCCCCCUCUCCCGUUCCGAGUAGUGGCAGUAUGCGGCGAGACACUGCUAUCUCCAAGGAGAAAGCUAAAUUCUUUAGGCAAAGUGCUGCGUUUAAUGCGCGAGGCGUGAACGGGAGAGGAUCCGGUGUGCCGAAAGUCAAUACCCCUUCGAACAAGCGCUUAAGCUCUAGCAGUAGCAACAGCUCAAGUAGCUCGAGCUCAGGUUCUAGUAGCCGCAGCAGUAGUAGUUCGAGUAGCACGAGCGAUAGCAGUAAUAGUGAUAGUAGUAACAGCUCUAGCAGCAGUUGUAGCAGCAGUGCGCGUGCUUGUUCUCUUUCUGUGCGUCCAAGUCGGCCCAUAUUUCCUCUCCCGAAACGUCUCGCUGCAAGGGAUGCCAAUUUCAUAAAAAGUCCUUCAAAUUCAUCCUUUAAAUGUAGUAGUUCGACUGGUGAUGAUUCUAUUAAUUCCACUAAACAAAGUGAGACUAAAAAAUUUGAAAAGCCUAAGCCUCUUGAUGAACUCAAAAAAGAAAGUAAUAAAAAUGUUGAACAUCCAAAAUCGACACCUAAAAUUCUUUUAAGAGCGCCAAAAUUAAUUGCCAAGGUUAGUUCAUCCCAACCCAAAAUAUUUCCACUGUUACAUUCCAAAUCAAACAAUUCUGAAGCACCUCCUUCUUUAUUUAAAAAGCUACUUACAGAUACUUCAAAUGAACCUUGGGGUUUUGCUGCUUUAGCUGCUAAGGCUCCUCCUGUGGAGGAAUUAAAAGCUGCUGAGGUCUGUUGUAGCAAAAAAGACAAACCUAUUGCUGGAUUUGUUCAGCUAAAAGGUUUGUUUGAUGGUUUAAGUCAUUUUUAUUCAACACCAUUACAGUCUCGUACAAGACCUCGUUUGGAAAAAGACCCUAAAUCGACUAAUAAAAAUGUUUUGAAAACUCCUCCUUCUAAGGAAAAAAAAUUUAAGAGUCCUGAAAAACAGCAAUCGCCUAGUUCUUUGGUAAAAUCAGCAGUUUCAUCCAAAAUGAUGGAGACAAGAGAAAUAGCUGAAUCGGGGGGUGAAUACAAGUUACUUGUAAACGAUAAAUCCUUUAUAAGUCCUACUUCCGCCUUCCGUGACCGUCUGUCCGUGCCGACGAUACGUCCAGUCACCCGUUCCGUUUUGGAAAAUAUGAGUCGAUUGGUAGCAUCAGAUUUACCUUCUGGUGUUUUACAUGAAGAUGUUGAUAUUUACAAAGAAACAAGAAAACGAGCAAUAAACAGUACAAUUCAAGCUUCGGAGAUGUCGGGUAAUUUGAGUAGAUGUCCAGCAGCAAUACAGUUUGGUAAACAUGAAGUGGAAACGUGGUUUUCAUCUCCGUUCCCUCAAGAGUAUGCUAGACUUCCAAAAUUGUUUCUAUGUGAAUUUUGUCUGAAGUACACUAAAAGUAAAUCUGUUCUGGAGAGGCAUAUGCAUAAUUGUAACUGGAGGCAUCCACCAGCUACAGAAAUUUAUAGACAAGAUAAUAUUAGUGUCUUUGAGGUCGAUGGAAAUGCAAAUAAAAUAUAUUGCCAAACUUUGUGCCUCUUGGCAAAACUAUUUUUGGAUCAUAAAACCUUAUAUUAUGAUGUUGAGCCCUUCCUGUUUUAUGUUUUAACGAAAAAUGAUGCCUAUGGUUGUCAUUUAGUUGGUUAUUUUUCAAAAGAAAAACAUUGUCAACAAAAAUACAAUGUAUCAUGUAUUCUAACUAUGCCCCAGUACCAAAGGCAAGGAUUUGGACGCUUUCUCAUAGAAUUUAGUUAUUUGUUGUCAAGAAUUGAAGGACAACCGGGCACACCUGAAAAACCAUUGUCUGAUCUUGGACAAGUUUCGUAUCAUGCAUAUUGGAAGGCUGUGAUUUUAGAGUAUUUCAACGAGCAUCGGGACAACCAAUCAAUUUCUAUUGGUGAUAUUAGCAAAAAAACAGGUUUGAUGAGGCAUGAUAUUACUUACACUCUGCAAUCGCUUAACAUGGCUGUGGAAGAGGAUGGAAAAUUGAUCGUUUGUGUUGAUUGGGAAUUAGUUGAUGCUCAUAUAAAAAGAAAAAACGCUUCUAAGCAUAUUCCUAUCGAACCCGACUGUCUAAGGUGGACUCCUCUAAUGACUGCUUCUAAUAACUUAGUGUCACCAGAUAAUAAGGAAUCUUCACAAGACAUCGAUGAACCACCACCUUUACCAGUAAAAGUUGAAGUAAAAAGUCCGUUGAUAAAAAAAAAGCGUAUUUCUAGAAGAUUGCCUAUGAUUAAAAAACGUAAAAAGGUUGAUAAAAAACGUAGAAAUGCAUUAAUGCUUGAGAAAAAAAUAAAACUUGCCAGAUGUGUAGAAAAAACUAGUGACGUUGAUGAAGAGACGAAAAAUGUAUCAGAUGAACAAUCUGUUAAUGAACUUAAAGAAGAAUUGUCCGCAGGAGCGAGCAGUGAAGAAAUAAAUGAAGAACUUCCUAAGAGGUCAAAAGAAAACUUAACACAAAGUUUGACAUCAACUCCCCUGGAACCUGAAAAUACAGAUACAAGAACACCUUUACCAAUUAAAAGAAAAAGAAAAAUGGGUAGAGGUAGAUCUCGAAAAAGACCAAGGUCCAAAGUUCAACAAGAAGACAGCCCAAAAGCUAAAAAGCCAAAAGUGGUUGAGGAGCAUCCAAAAUCUCCACACGUUAAUCCAGACUGCGAAAGUCCUGAACCAUUAGUUGAAAAUGAUUAUGAUGUUACAUCUAAUAGUGAUCAACUAGAUAAAAAACACACUGGAGAAAUAGAGGAUACAGAAGUAAAAACAAAAGAAAAAGAGCCAGUAAUAGACGUAGAAAAAGAAAAAAUGGAAGAUAAAAAUCAUAACAAUGCUGAACAUAAAAUAGGAGAGUCCAAGGAAGUUGACACAAGCUUAGAAGAAGAAAAACAAGACUAUGAUACUUCAACAAAUAAAAUGGAAGUUGAUGAUGAAGUUGAUAAUUCUAGAAACUCCAUUGUCCAACCUGAGGUAGCUAUUGCGACAGAUUCUGAAAUGAACUCGAUUAUGGAUGUUGAAGUACCUAAAGAUGAUAUUAUUGAAAAUACUGAUUUUGAGAAACCAAUGGACACUGACAAAUUAAAUAGUUUAGCUGAACCAAAAGUUGGUAAAGACGAUUCUGUUUCUGAUGUUAUUCUUAACGAUGUGUUAAAAGAGCCUGAAGAAACACAGUUGGAAAAUCAGGAACGUGUCGAAAGUUUACCUGAAAAAUGUCUGGUAGAUGAAAAAGACACUUCAAUGGAAAUAGCGCCUUGCAAUGUAGACAAGUCAGUCGAGAACACUGAUGUAACCAAAUCCGAAAACCAUCCAUCUUUACCUGAUAAUGUUGUAUUAUCUUCGAGUAUAAAACAAAAUACCUCUUUACCUAAUAAUUACGGUAAUGUAAAUAUUCAUAAUGCUUCUCAGCAAUUUAACAAUAAAGACUUAACUGACAAGUUUAAAAAAAAUGAUUCAUUGCAGUCCGAUGUAAGAUUAUUCGAUAACAUACCGCCUCCUCCGUGUAAUGAGUUUCCCAAAGCAGAAGUUAUUGCACAUCCUGUAGUGUCAUCUGUUGUGUCACCUCCUGUAGAGAAACAAUAUAGUAAUUCUACAAGUACAAAUGACUAUUGUAAACCAACUGAACCGAUACUGCCAAAUGUUAAGCAAUAUGAAGCAGAAUUGCUGACAAAUAAUUAUUGCAAAACUGAAGGAAUACAACCGAAUGCUAAACAUUUUAAUACGACUGUAGAAAAUGAAUAUCCCAAGUUAGAUGUCUGUGCUCCUGAAAUGAAUAAGCAAUUGUACAACAACAAAGUGGGGUCUAAUGACUAUAAUAAAAGUAUGCAAAUGCCUCCAACAAUCAACAGCAUCGUACAAGACACUUUUAAAGGUAUUGAUCAAUGUAAACCUAAAGUUACAGAGAAAAAUUAUUCUCAAUCAAUUGUACCUGAUAUGAUUGUAUCCGCUCCUAAGUACGAAAAUAGUAAAACAACGAAACAAUCUAAAAGAACCACUCCUUCUCCAAAAAUGUCACCUUAUCGAAUGCCUACGGAUGUCCCUCAAGGGGAAAAACCACGUUUACAUGAUUAUCUACCUCCAAUGGGGUUUCUCAACUUCCAAAAAAUUAAUAACUCUAUGCCCAUGUCACAUACAGAUAUGUCAAACAUUCCAAAAUCAAAAGAAGUCGUUUACUCUGACAAAAAAACUGAUUCUGUUAAUGUAAAUCUGCCUAAGGAUAAAGAUAUGAUGAAUUUAUCUAAACCGCCAAUAGACAACAGCCUUUUGUAUUCAUCUGUCAUGCAGCAAUCGCCAUACUCUGAUCAAUCCAUGAUGCAUUUAUCUCUACACCAUCAUUUGGCUCAUUCUACUCAGUAUCAUCACACUCCAACCAUGCCCCCUACCCAAGGGCCAGCGCCGUCACCCGUUCAUCAGACUAAAUCUAGAAGUAAAAAGAGCGAACAGAGAAGAGCGGCUCAACAGAAUCAACCAUCUGUACUGCCGCCGUCUUCACAACAGCCAGCUCCAUCAUUGCCUAGUCAUACUCAGUCAUACCAUCAUCAUCAUCAUCAAACAGCUUCAUACAUGAUGCCACAGUCAACGUCUACUAAUCCUUACCAUCAUCCUGUAAUCCCUCAUCGAAUGGGUCAACAAGGCGGAUCCUGCACGACUCCAGAUUUCUAUCUAUCUCACUCUAAUCAGCAUGCAGCUGCCACAGCUGCACAAAUAGCAUCGUGUAACCUAUCCAAAUUACAACAAAUGACUAAUGGAUUAGACCAUCAUCGCAGGCAUAUGUCUUCUCCUGCGCCAUCUCCGGUGUCGUCUCCCGCCAACAUGACGCCUCCUCCGCCAUCCCCUGCAGCAUCUGCUACUGCAGCCCACUUGCUACAGCAAACGGCAGUUUAUCAUAAACUUUACCAGCAAGCUGGUCAAACUGGCCAGUCUCUUCAGUAUGGCCACCAAUCGCGUGUACCCUCGGCUUCGCCCAACAUGGGUCUUAUGCCACCAAUGCAGUAUGGCGGACCACCGCCUUUCAAUGGAUACAGAGUGGCGCCACAGUCUACCCCUCCCCCAGCGGCAGCUGGCUACAUGAAUCAAUCGACAGGCCAGUUACAAUACUCGCAAGACCCUCACCAUCAAAAUACUAUGUAUCCAUCGUCAGCAUAUAACGGUUCAUAUCUGCAACCCCUGAACGGAUCCAUGCACAGAUAAUCUCGUUAAUUAUAUUAUUUUUAUUACUAAUUUUGAAGAAAAAAAGUUAAUAUUUUAAUUGGUGUUUUUAAAUUGUUAUUAUGCUGUCAAAACAUAUAAAUAGAAAUGUUACCAGUUGUUUUAUUUUAAUAGUACGAUACUACAGUGUCAAAUGGAAUAUGGCCAUAUGUUAUAAUUUAUAUUAUGUACAUUGUAAAAAAAUGACUCAUUUAAAUAUAGAAAAUAAAAAAUUUACAAUUCGGACCCAUUGUAAAUCACUAAGUUUAUUGUAUGUUCUUGAACAGUAUUUGUAGUUUUCUACGAUCAGCAUUAUUUAAUUUUUAUUUAUUAUACAUUUUUUUUUUUGUCACGACAAAUAUUAAACAUACAUUUUUUUAUUAUUAUGAUUAUAAUUGAAUCAAUUUUUUAUGUUUUUGAACUUUAUGAUGUAAAAAAAACUACUACAGUUUUUAUUUUUAUUUUUUACAAAAUGUAAAGAAUUUUCUUAGAUUUUAAGUACAUAUUGAAAAUACUUGAAAGUCUAAUUUCAUUUUGUUAUUUAUUUUUUUUACUGUAUGUGUAUAAAAUUAUACAUAUAAAUUAAUUUAUUAAAAAUCAAGUUCACUUCUGUUAA